UGAGUUUGAAAUAAUUGUGUUCUGUUCUGUAUUUUUUUUUUCAAUCUAUGCUUGAAAUAAACCAAUCAAUCAAUCAAUCAAUCAAUUCUUACUGCAGUUGGUGUUGUCUUCCUGUAGGUGGUGCUGCAGCUCCAGUUUAUUUAAUUAAGUCUGUUUAUUAAUCAGUCUGUUCCUGAGUAAAUGGGUUCCGAAUGAGCAGUUAGACUAGUUUGAAUGAGUUUUGCACAAUCUCGUAAUCUAAUAAGUGUCACAGGAAGCAUCCGUUCAAAAUGUUCUGGUGUGUAACCAGAAUGGAGACCAGGUUGUGAAUAACACCACAGAAAACACAGAAUCCAGUUUUUGCUCCACAAGGAUUAUUUUUUCCUUUUCUAUUUUCAUUGAUUUAUUGAUCCCAAAUCAGCUUUUUAGACUCACAGAGUUUUGCAUUGAAAAGGUUUUUCUGUUGCCCAUCUAGGUGACAUCUUCUAUAGAUCUUAGAUGUGCUUCUGAACCGCUUUAAAUCUGGCUCAUCACCCUGAACCUGUCUGCCAAGGGAGACCCCACCAGGGGCAGAAGCCCCAGACAGCAUAGCUCCUGGGAUCACUUGAGCUCUCAAGCCCCUUCACCAUGUUAAGGUGGCGAUUCACGGAGGGGGUGGCUGGCCACUUCCUUUAGAAAUAGGGGAGAAGCUUGGUCACCUGGAGAGCGUUCAUAGUAGAACCGCUUCUCCUCCAUACCGAGCGGAGCCAGUUGAGGUUCUCAGGCAUCUGGUCCAGAUGUCUCCUGGACGCCUCCCUGGGGAGGUGUUCCAGGCACUGGGUGGAGGCCCUCUGGAAGAAACAUCUUGGGCGCCCCCUAGAGGAGCUGGAGGAAGUGGCCUGGGACAAGGACAUCAGGACAUCUUUGCUUAGACUGCUGCCCCCACGAGCCGGUACCAGACGAGUGGAAGGAGAUGGAUGGAUAUUUUGAUUUUAUCUCCAAUAAGUAAGACACACUGUACACAGUGAGACCAUUAAGGGAAAAACACUGAAUGAAAUGUGGAUCACCACAAUACCAUCGCCUCCAUGUCCUGAAUAUCCUGUGAAGUAAAGCUAACACUUUGUUCAUAUUCCUAACUAAUUCUGAGUAGUGUGUAUCCGUCUGCAUACCACUUGGCCUUCAGCUCUAUUCUUUCUGGAGUGAGUUUGACUUCUAUUGACUGUUCUUGAAAACACUUAUAAUCUAAAUUCAAACACUGCUGUAAGUCAACAAACACUGAAAUACUGCUACCUCGUUGUGGUCUCCUGUGUGAUUUCUGUUCUAUUUGAUAUUAUGGACAUGGAGUUUUGUGUUGUGCAACCAUUUUUUUCCUCUGAGGACUAAAAAGCGAACAUUUAGCAACAACUUUUACACCUCUGAGCUUCCUCUGAACCACCUCCAGCCACACAGGAAGUGCAGAGAUCUAUUCUGCUGUCACUUUGUACGUGGACAGGAUGUUGACUACUUCACUCUGCCUAAUGAUGGGUAUGAUGGUUUAUUUACUAGCCCUUCUUUACUCUUUAGUUAUUCACUUGAUUUAUAUUUGUAAUGCUAAAAAUACUUCCCAUUCUCUGAAAUGUGUAGUUAAUGGGAUUCCUUUGCUUUUUUCUGUCAUAGUUGUCGGCCUAAAUGACAAUUAUUACCUUUUCAUGUUGUUUCUUUCUUAAAAAUAUAUAUAUUUUUUGUUUUUAUUAUUUUUUUUUAUCUACUCUAUUUCUCAAUUUUCCUCCAAAAGAGAGUCCUCAGACUGUUCAAAUCUUUCUUAAUCCCUUUCCCUUAAAUCCAGUUAGGUUUGUUGUUUUCCUUCUUUUUUUGUUAGUUUAUCCUUUCUUUAGUCCUGUUUUCUUCUCCCCGUUCCCUCCGACAGUCUGCCUGAGGAUCAGCCCCGACCGGUCUCAGUUCUUCCAGUACCAGUCUUUCACUCUGAGGUGUGAGGAUCCGUUAAACUCCACCGAUUGGACGGUGAAGAGGCGAACGUUGGACGGCGGCGUCAGGCCCUGUUCAUCAUCGGGGUCCCCCUGUGUCAUCAGGAACGCCUUCCCCACAGACUCAGGGGUCUACUGGUGUGAAUCCGAUGACGGGGAACGGAGCAACCAGAUCAAUGUCACCGUCACCGAUCUCUCAGUUAUCCUGGAAAGUCCAGCCCUCCCGGUGAGGGAAGGAUCUGCCGUGGUUCUACACUGCAAAGCUGAGAAUCACCCUUCCCACUACACCUAUGAUUUCUUCAAAGGCGACCACUUCAUCAGGACCAACACUAAUGGGGAGUUGAUCAUUGACGCUGCGUCCAAAUAUGACGAAGCAUCUUAUACAUGUGGCAUCUCAGGAGGAGUGAAGUCCAAGAGUAGCUGGCUGUCGGUAUCAGCCACAGUUUCCCCAUCAUCCUCAGCUCCACCUGCAGACUCAGAAUCCAUCUCUGUCUUCAGACUCGUGGUUCACCUGGUGGUGGGAAUGCCUUACCUGCUGUCCACCGUCCUACUGGGACUUAUAUGCAGAGACCGGAAGAAAGAGGCUGAGAUGGUUGCAGACCAAGACCAGAGGAAUCAUGUCGUCAUGGAGAUAGAUGUAUAGCCACAGCUCAAACGGAUGAAACAGAAUAGACCACAGAAGGUCUAUUUAUUUCUCUGUAUUUCAAGAGUCCUCCUGAAAGCUGACCUUCCUGAAAGACCGCAUGAGUCAUUUAUAAAUCGAUCGUUCUUUUCUAGAAACUCUGUUGACUUUGAUGAGACAUUAACUUCUGCCAGGAUAAUGAAGCUCUGUGUUUAAAGGAAGUGGGCGAAUCACGCAAGCCUGUUCGGAAUUUUUUAUUUUUUUAACCUUCUGUCGAUGUUAGUUCAAGCCAUUUUUGUGUUUUCAUAUAACAGAAAAUCCAAAGGAAUGGGAGCUACGCCUCACUUUUAGACUUAAAAGAACCAAACUUGACAUUAUUACACUCUAACAUAAAGAUUUCUAACAAAAU